AUGAGUUUUGAUUCGUUGCAUUUGGCACAGGAGUUUUAUGCAAAUUAUGCAAAGAAAGUGGGGUUCGUAACUAAAGACAGGAACACGAACUUCGACAAGACGCGGAAGGAAUCAAAGAUACCUGUUAAUCAAUCUCUUCACUACACUCGAGAGGGUUAUCGGGAAUCUCGAGUUAAGGCAGCAACUCGGGCAAACAGAAUAACAGCCACAAGAUGCAGAGCAAGGAUGUAUGUCAUGCUGGACAGGGAGAAGGAAUGUUGGGUUUUGUCUAGGGAGUUGACCAUGCAUGCUAAGUGCGUCAUUACGGAUAACGACAAGGCUGGCAUAAGACCCAACAAGACGUAUCUAGCACUGGCAAACGGGGUUGGCGGGUCUUCAAACCUGAGUUUUUCAGAAAAGGAUGAGAUCAAUCCCAACUUCUUUUAUGCCAUAGAUGUUGAUGAUGCUAAUGAAUUUAGAAGCGCACUCUGGGUAGAUGCAAGAUGCAGGGCUUCGUAUGAAUAUUAUGAAGAUGUGGUGUCGUUCGACACCACUUACAGAAGAAACAGGCAUGGUCUACCGUUUGCAUCCUUUGUCGGUGUAAACCACCAUGGGAAGUCUGCUCUUCUUGGAUGUGCUUUACUUGGGAGCGAGGAGAUCCCUAGUUUUGAGUGGGUGUUUACGCAGUGGGUGAGAUGCGUCGGGACUGCGCCAAGGGGGAUCAUCACUGAACAGUGCAAGGUGAUGGCUGGUGCUAUUAGGAAGGUCCUACCUGAUACUAUCCACCGAUGGUACGGAGAAUUGAAUGCCAUGAUGAAUCACAUUGUGUGGAAUUCUCCUUCGCCUAACUCGUUUGAAGCUGAUUGGGCUGGUUUCAUCAAAGAAUUUAAAUUAGGCCAGAAGAGAUGGUUAGCAGGUUCGGUGCGAGCGCAACAGUUUGAAUCUGCUGGCAUAUUGUGUUGCCACACCCUUGCGGUGUGGUCAUACUACAGAGUUGACACAGUACCGAGCUGCUAUGUUCUUCCUCAAUGGAGUAAGAAUGUCAUCCGCAAGCACACUUACAUUAAGAGUAGCCAUGAUGUGGCUCGGACCGAUGAAAGCCUCAACCUGUUCAGGCGUCUGUGUUUAGAGUUCUAUAAUGCUGCUCAAGAGUUUGUUGCUUGUGAUGAGGAAGUAGUCAUCUUGCGAGCUGCCCUUUGGGACACAAAGUCCAAGCUAGUAGACUGA